GUUGGCAUGACUGAUCGGAAGCUCUGACUGCUGGACAUGUAAAAUCAAGGUAUUUAGACUGAUGAACAAGGACUGGGCCUGUGGGGUAUCCUCGUCAUGGGUGCUACAAAUGUUGUCCGUUGGUUGACGACGUGUAUCGCGUUGGCGGCCUUCUUCGAACUUCGCGUUACUGCUCAAGAUACAGACGCCGUAUGCACUCUGGCUUCUCUACAAUGGUCCUUUAACACCGAGAAGCAGAGCCCUUGUGCUGUAGCUUCGUCUCUGCUUGGAGUAUGCAGUGGCGGCGAUUACAAGGUCGUUGCCUUACCUGACACAGACACAGAAUAUCUGGGUCCUUCUAUCGAUGCAGCAAACCCAUGCCAGUGCAACACCGUCGUCUAUUCCUUGAUGAGUGCUUGCGCGCUGUGUCAAAAUGGGACUAUAAUAACAUGGAGCGAAUGGAUAACCAACUGUGCUCCCAUAUAUACCACCUUUCCCAAACUUAUACCCGAUGGAUUGCGCGUUCCAGCAUAUGCAUAUUUGGAUGUUGAGACGCAGGAUACAUUUGAUGCAAAUGCUGCCAUGCAAGACAUGCUACUGAGUCUACGGCUUUACCCUCAACUACAUCAACAACUAGCAGUACACAAUCAUCCGUCACGGUUUCGCAAACAUCUUCCGCUCCGGCUUCUGCCAGUUCCACCACAUCCACUUCAGAGUCAUUGACAGCACCAAAUAAUCCUCGUAGCAAUGCUAUCGGCGGCGGUGUUGUCGGAGGGAUUCUCGGUUUAGCUUUACUUUUGUUACUGAUUGGAUGCUCGAUCGCUUUCCGUAGACGCAGACGAAUAAGGGCUCUUCUUCGAACAAAUUCAGACUCAGAGCAAGGUGCUCUGAGCUC